CCGACAUUCUUUCCAAAAACUGAAAAAUAAUUUAUUGUACUUUUGGUCUCAUAUAUUCGUUUAACUACAGUGAAUAGAAGAAUAUGCAAUCAUAAUUAUUAUUCACAUAAUGGCUGCACACAGUAUCCCACGUCAUGUUAUACUCACUGGUCCUCCAGGAAUGGGUAAAACGACAGUGGUGCGUAAAGUUGUUGAACAACUUGUAAAGGAGGAUCUGCCAAUACAAGGGUUCUACACUGAAGAGCUAAGAAAGGAUGGGAAGAGAAUUGGAUUCGAUUGCGUAUCUGUAACUGAUACUGAUAAUCGAGAACCUUUAGCAAGAGUAGCAGAAGGUCGACCCAAGAAAAUGAGUGUCGGAAACUACAAUGUUGAUAUAGAAAGCUUUGAGAAGAUUGCAUUCCCGAGUCUGAGUCAUGAAAAGGGACAAGUGAUGCCAAUUUGGAUCAUAGAUGAAGUAGGGAAGAUGGAAAUGUUUAGCGAUAACUUUACUCAAACUGUCGUUGAUCUUGUAAAUGCUCCAAAUACUACAAUUCUGGCAGUUGUACCUGUCCCCAAAGGCCGUCCAACUCCAAUAUUGGAUGAAAUAAGACAGAGGAAAGAUGUUAAGAGCAUUUGGGUUUCUAAAUUAAAUCGGGACAAUAUUAUCAAAGAUGUAACAGAGGCAUUGACUGAAUCGUAUCACACUUAUGCCCCACAAGAUGACACAUCAGAUGACGUGACUUGAUGUAAUAAUGAUCUCAGUUGACUCUUACAAACUGAAUAUUCUUCCGAUCGCAAUCACAUUCUGUAUCUUUAAAUAACUGGAACUCGUUUCAUGGGAUAAAGAUGAAUAUAAAGGACAAUUGAAUCAAUAAGUUAAAGAAUUGAGAUGUUUGGUGCAAUUCUAAUAUGAUAAAUAUGUGAAGGGCAUUCUUUAAUCAGGCCAUUUUCUAUUACAAUCUCAAAUUCAGUUCUUAUCUUUAUAUUUACCUUGGCGUAAUUUAUCAUAUGAGAAUUGACAAUAAUGUCUAAUAAUAUUCAAGUGAUUUGGUUCAUAUUUUAGUGAAGGAAUGAUCUUAGUCAUUUUCAAUUAGGUGACAAAUCCACAGAAUUGAAAAUCAUUGAACUAUGAAAUAGUCAGUUUUGGUUAUAUGGCUUUCAGGAUAAUCUUUAUGGGAAUUAUGUUAUAAUAUAAAACGUUGCUGGUGACAGAAUCAAUAUCAAGAAUUCUGUCGACAAAAACUUGUGUAGAACACUGAAUUACUCAAGACAGUUGUAUUAACGUAUUGUUGGGCUCAGUUCCAUUAUUGAGGUAUUAUCACUCAAGUGAGGCAAAAUCGUGAAUGAAUGCAUUAACCAUCAAUCACUUAGACUAAGUGUAAGUACUCUGACUGAAAUCCUGGAGCAUAAAUUAUAAAAGGUUGAUGUACCUCUUACGAUUUUAAAAAGGUAAUUGAGAAGCAAAUUUUUGGUCUUUUUUUCAAACUGCAUUACAUGUUUAUACAGAAUAGUAGGUUUGUGUCAUAGUCUAUGAUGGUGCAGGUUAUAGAUUGUUUUGAGUAUUAAGGAUCAGAAUUAGAAACUGAGUCUCUUAAAUGAACUGUUUAUAUCUGUUGCAUUAAGAAUUCAAUGAUAUGUUUUCAUGUAUAUGCAGUGUCAACAAACAAGAUAUCAUGGGUAGGGUGUCAACAUGUUUAUAGACUGAGGUAAAAUUAAAAUGAAAAAGCAAAGGAGAAAAUAUGGGCUUAAUUACCAUUGUAUGAAGAAAUGUUUUAGAUAAUGUGUAGGAAAUUCUACAAAAACAUGUUCACACAGGCCUUGUGUUCCCUUUAGUGAAAAUUAUGUUUUUGAUAAGUUUAGAUUUAUUAUGUUUGCACAAAUAGUUAAAGAAAAUUAAACUGCUCUAAAAAGGCUGAGUUCUUAUGAUUAAGUUGAACAAUUAUGUUGAUGUAG